CUCUGUGAUUUGGUGUAGUAUUUUCCAAACCCCAAAAAACCACUCUCUCAUAUUCUUCUUCUUCUUCUUCCUUAUUCCUCUCUUUCCCAUAUUCACUCAAACAAACAAACAACAAAGAAAACCAAACCCCCUUUUCAUUUCCCUUCUUCAAUAACCCUCAUAACCAAACCAAAGAUACAGUCUUUUAAUAUUAGGGUUAUUGGGGGGUUGGUGGUUUAAGGCAAGUGAUGCGAUCAGUAACAACUUGUGUUUCUUCUCAGCAGACCCUCACCCCGGAGGCUGCUUCAGUUUUGAAGCAUUCCCUUUCAUUAGCCGCCCGCCGUGGCCAUUCCCAUGUUACCCCUCUCCAUGUAGCUUCCACUCUCUUAUCCUCUAAACCCUCUACUCUUAGCUUAUUUCGUCGUGCUUGCCUUAAAUCCCAUCCUCCUCAUCCUCUCCAAUCUCGCGCUCUCGAACUUUGCUUCAAUGUCGCUCUUAACCGUCUCCCCACUUCCUCCCCUCCUCUCCUCCAUUCCCCCUCCCUCUCCAAUGCUCUCAUCGCUGCUCUCAAACGCGCUCAAGCUCAUCAACGACGUGGUAGCUCGCUCGACCACCAACACCAACAACAACAACACCCUCUUCUUACUAUCAAAGUUGAGCUACAACAUCUUGUUAUCUCGAUUCUCGAUGACCCGAGUGUUAGUCGUGUCAUGAGAGAAGCUGGUUUCUCUAGUACUGCAGUUAAGAACAACAUAGAAGAGUAUAGUAGUAAUAUUAUUACUACUUCUACCGCUACUACUCAAACUACUACAACCCCGCUUUUUUUCUUUCCUGGUUCUGGAUCUAGCUCUGGCUCUGAGAAUGCAAGUAAGUUUGUGUUUGAGGUUUUCUUGGGAAUGAGGAAGAGAAAGAAUGUUGUUUUGGUUGGGGAUUCUAGUGAAGGGGUUGUGUUGGAGGUUAUGAGGAAGUUCAAAAUGGGGGAAGUUCCUGAGGAAAUGAAAGGGGUUAAGUUUGUGGAGUUUGUUCCAUAUAACAAUAAUAAUAAUAGUAAUGUGAGUGAGUUUUUGAGGAGGAAAUUGGAGGAAAAUUAUGAUCAUACUGAGAAUAAUGAAGGAGGAGUAGUGGUUUAUGUUGGGGAUUUGAAAUGGAUUGUGGAGAGGGGUAGUUGUAGUAAUUUUGGAGUGGAUGGUUUAGUUGGAGAAAUUGAAAGAUUAUUGUUGGAGGGGUUUCAUUAUAAUGAUCGUAAUAAUCUUAAUAUUAAGAAGAAGAUUAAGAUUUGGGUUAUGGGUGUAGCUAGUUAUCAAAUUUAUAUGAGAUGUCAAAUGAGAUUGCCUUCUCUUGAAACUCAAUGGGAUCUUCAUGCUCUUCCUCUUCCCUCUUCAGGCCUUGCCUUAGCUCUCCAUUCUUCAAGUGUUUAUGAUUCAAGGCUAAGCUUCUUCUCUCAAUCUAUGGAAACAAAGCCAUUCAUUAUUGGCAAAGAAGAACAUCAAAACCUCACUUGUUGUGAAGAAUGCACUUCUAAUUUCCAAAAUGAACUCCUUCACUUGAAAUCUUUCCACUCCAAACAACUUCCCUCUUGGCUUCAAUCACCUCCAAAGGAGGAAUUGGUGGAAUUGAAGCGAAAAUGGAACAAAUUAUGCAAUACUCUACACAGAGAUAACUCAGUGCAAAGCCUAAUAGGGAAAAGCUUCUCAUAUUCUUCAUCAUAUCCAUGGUGGCCUAAGUCAAAUAUUUCCUUCACAGAUCAUCAUCAUCAUCAAACAUCAAAGCCAUUACAAACUUCAAAUUUUGUUCCUAGAUUCAGAAGGCAACAAUCUUGCACAACAAUUGAAUUUGAUUUUGGGAAUGCAAAAACAAAACAAGAACAGAGUGGAGAAUUGAGUUUGAAUUCUCUCAAAAACAUGGACGGGAAAGAAGUGAAAAUCACUCUAGCUUUGGGUAAUUCUCUGUUUAGUGAUUCAUCAGCAGAAUCCAUGGAAAUGGAAAGUGAAAGAAAGAGUGAAAGGGGAGAGAUUUUGAAGGUUUUGGAAGAGAAUGUGCCAUGGCGAUCAGAAUUAAUUCCUUGUAUAGCAGAGGCAGUGAUUUCAAUGAAGAAAGAUGAUAAAUUGAUUCAAUGGGUUUUGAUGGAAGGGAAUGAUUUCAUUGGAAAAAGAAAAAUGGGUAUUGUAAUUGCAGAAUUAUUAUUUGGAUCUGUGGAUUUUUUGUUGGAUUUGAAUGCUAAAAGUGAAGAAAUGGGGAUUUCUAAAUGCGAAAUGCUGGAAAAGGCAUUGAAAUUGAAUAAAGAGCUUGUUGUUCUUGUUGAAGACGUGGAAAUGGCAGAUUCUCAGUUGAUGAAACUUCUUGAAAAUGCAUUUCACAAUGGGAAGUUUGAAGACAUGAAAGAAGAAACCGUUCAAAAAGUUAUAUUCAUUUUAACAAAAGAUAAUUCUUCUGAUAAAAUGAAGAACAGAGAUUUGUGGCCACCGCAGUCGUCGUCCUCGUCCUCGUCCUCGUCAGUGAUCAACAUGAUACUAAAAAUUGAAGAACCCAAUUCAGAUCACAAGCGAAAAGCCGAAUGGGAAUUCGAAAACAAACCAAAGAACCAAAGAAUCAACAAACAAUCAAGCAUGAACAACACAUUGGAUCUAAACAUCAAAGCAGAGGAUGAAGAAGAAGAAGAAGAAGAAGAAGAAAAUGGGGAAAUAAGUACUCCAAUAACAAGUGAUCUAACAGGGGAAACAACACUUCCAAAUGGGUUCAUGGAGUCGAUUAGGAAUCGAUUCGUUAUGAAUAAAAAAGCAAAGCAAGAAUCAGGAAUAAGAGAGGAAUUGGUGGGGAAAAUGAGAGAGGCAUAUAAGGAGAAAUGUAAAUGGGAUAGUAGAUUUAGAGUGGAAGAGGGGGUUAUAGAGAGGAUUUUAGAAGGAUUUGGUUCAUUUUCCAAGAGAAUGUUUGAAAAAUGGGUGAAAGAAAUUUUUCAAACAAGCUUAGAAAAUGGUAGAUAUGGUGGGAAAGGGGAAGGGGGUAUAGAUAUUAUAAACUUGUGUUUGGAUCAUAAACACAUUUUGGAAGAAGAUGGGUAUAUGGGUUCUUGUCUCCCUAAAAAAAUUCAACUUUCUUCUAUGGAUUGAAAGUGGUCUUUUUGUAAAAUCCUUUGUUAAAACAAAAGGGAAAAUAUGUCCUAAACUCUUGUAUUUCCUCACUUUUCUUAAUAGGAUUAUUGCCACUUUCUUCCUUU